AUGACCAGCUCGAACCAGACAAGAGCCGAAGUCAUCCGUGAUUAUCCUAUUGCAAAUGGUCUUGACGCAUUUCGCUCCACACAUCGUGGGCUCCUCGCGAGCCUUCAGUCUACGUCUGGCGCGGCUGCGGCUAACCUGAGCUGUGAAGACAUUCAAAGUGCUAUACUUGCGCUCUCUUCAGCCCUCCUGCCCCUUCCCGCGUCACGCCGUUUGCCAUCCGGACGUGGAUAUAUUCGCAAAGACAUUCUGCACCUCCUUUUCGUAAUAUCAUGCGACCAUUUCGACUUCGAUCGUACGAAACCGCUUCUCGAGGCAGCACUUGAUCACAACUCUCUGGAUUCACAGAUAUGGGAUCUUGUAACUGCCGCCGCCCUUGAAUCUACACCCCCUCGAACAAUAACAUCGUCUCUUCAACAGACACCAUGGAAGAACAGCACAGGCGGCUUUGCAAACUCGUCUGAAUAUCGAAAGGACAUUGACCGAGUCCUUAAGCGGGAGCUUGGGCCGUUGCAUGUCGGUUUGCCUGGUUUCCACGACGCUUUUUUCGGAGGCGUUAAAGGUCUGUCUCAAGCUGCCGACAUUGUCUUUCAGAGGUGCACGAGCGGGGAUACCCCGCUCUUCCUGGAAGGCUGGAAUGGAUGGCCAGAGAAUGCAAAUCAGGACGAUGUACUCGCUUGGUUAAAAGAGAUUAUUCAAAAGUUGGCAGCAAAGGCUGACGAUUUGGAUCUUCCGCCAGCCAUUCGCAGACCCUUGGCUGUGCCCAAAAGGCCUAUUCAGGGCUCUACUAGCGAACGCAAGCUAGAUAUCGGAUUUAUAAGCGACCCUAAGGCUGACGAAAACGCCAGGUGUCAUUGGUCUCAAAUACAAAUAGCGGGAGAGUUGAAAAGCAACCCUUCAGCAGACACUACGGCAAAGGCCUGGCUGGACAUAGGCCGGUACGCGAGAGAGGUGUUGGCUUCCCAAGACACGCGCCGCUUUGUACUUGCAUUUACGCUAUGCGGACCACUAAUGAGAAUUUGGGUGUUUGACCGGCUGGGCGGUAUUUCUUCAGAGCGAUUCAAUAUUAACGAAGACGGCCGACAAUUCGUUGCGACCAUCUUAGGCUUUAUACAGAUGAGUGACAAGGACCUUGGACAUGACCCGACGAUCAUAAAGGAGGGCACCCAGCGAUAUAUUGACAUUGAGCGAAAUGGCAAAAAGGAACGCAUUUUCAUUCAAAAAGUUAUAAGGCGAGCACGCUGUCUUGCUGGCCGAGCUACCACUUGUUGGAAAGCCUAUUCCGAUCUCGAUCCAGCGACUCCGCUCGUUGUAAAAGACGCAUGGCAGUACCCAGAGCGUGCUGAUGAAGGCGAGAUGCUUCGCUACGUGACAGAAAAAGGCGUGGUUAAUGUGGCACGAUAUUACCACCAUACAACCGUGUUCGUGGAUGGCACAGUCGAUGACGUCUCAACGAACGUCCGGCAUGGGCUUAACUUGUUUGCCAAUGUGAGCUCUCCUCUUAGACGCACUUACUCGGCAUCGCCAACCGAAUCCAGUCUCCUCGGACCUGGGCAGAACCGGGUUCACCGAAGGCUUAUUCUUCAUGAUUGCGGCAAGCCUAUAUAUGAAGCAAGCUCUCGGAAGACGUUGCUCAUGGCCUUUGAACAGUGCCUAGAAGGGUACGAAUCGCUUUUGAACGAAGGAAUUCUCCAUCGGGACAUAUCUAUAAACAAUCUUCUCAUUAGCGACGAUGAAAGGCAUGCCUUUAUAAUAGAUCUUGAUCUCGCAAUCAAAUUGCCGCGGCUAGCAGCUUCCGGAGCAAAAGUCAGAGCCGGCACACGCGCAUUUAUGGCUAUUGGGGCUCUUUUGGGCGACGAGCAUUCCUUUAUGCACGAUCUGGAAUCGUUUUUCUGGGUGCUCUUCUGGAUCUGUAUUCACUACGACGGCCCUGGCAAGGACAGAGGCCCGUCCGAGUUCGAAAGUUGGAACUACGAGAAGGACGAUGUCCUGGCUCGGUCGAAACUUGGCACCGUGGCUUGCCAUUAG